CGUCAGGAGGAGUAUGUUACUGUGUGCGCGUCGUGCUGCAGUCAAGAGGAAAGCAAAUCACCAAACACACACUGCUUUCUGGGACAAAGGGGCGCAUUAACAACGGCAUUGAUGCCAUUACCUACCUACCUCGUGAGACUGUGCCGGCAGCAUGAACUGAUCAUCUGAUCAUGUCGAUUCCACGGCCCACGCCCACUGCCCACUGCCAUGGGGUAGAGAAUACUAUGCCGGCUAUGCUCUUUCUUGGGCCUGCAUAUCUCGUAGAGUGAUUUGGUGUCCACGAAAUUCAGAGGGAGUUAGGCAUGUGGGGCAGUUGCAGUAAGCACAGCAGCGUCUAUUAUCCUGUGCUUAAUUAGCUAAUGGACUAGCAGCUGUGUUUCUGACUUUCAGCUAGCAAGUAGCAACUCCAGGAACUGUAAAGUUCGAUUCUUUCUUCUGUUCUGCUGAACCUGUGAUUUGUUUUGGAGGCCGACCAAACUUUGAUCCACAGCAAAGACCCUUGGACAAAGAAUGUUAGGAGCAGUGCCACUCACCAUAGAAAAUUGCUGAUCUUUGACUUGCAGCAGGGGCAGAGCUAACUGGCUGCCACUGUUCCACAGUCGAGGUCAACUGAAUCACGGAAGAAGAAGAACAUCACUCUAGCCACAUUCACACACAGAGAGAGAAGAAGAAGGCUGGUGACUAUGGCGAUGGCGAUGAUGGCAUGAGGGGAUGGCGAGUUCUUCUCCUCUGGUCGAUCUCCAUUACUCUUGCCUCAGUGCAGUGCAGGCGUGCAGUAGUGCAGUGCCAGCAUUUACUCCUCCUCACCAAACUUGAUUCGCCAUGUAAUAACUCCCCCGCUUCCUCCUCCUGCUCCUCCCAUCGCCACCCUCCCACACCUCCGGAUUCCAUCUCCUCCUCGCCGUCUCGUCACUGCAAGUGCAGUGCACCAACACCACCAGCAGCAGCAUCGACACGGCGACGUGGUGCUAUUAAUUCGUCGGCCGCCAAACGAUGCUCUUUGCCCCCCGCGACGACGAGCCGUCGUCGCCUUGUGUACCGCGCCGGCCAUGAGGCACUUCCCAUGCUUCGCGAUUCGAUGACAUGUAGGAGGACAGCUGCUCGUAGUGAUGGCUCAACCCGCCAUGGAAUCCGCAGGGGAAGCAGGGAGGAUGGAGCAGGGAGGAGGAGGGGCGGUGGCGGCGGCGGUGGUGGCCAGAACGCAAGAACCUUGCGUGCACGACGGCGGCAAGUCCCCGCGCAAGCACGCCGCCGGUUUGCAGGCCGCCGCCGCCGUGCCGCGUCACCGGCGAUCCAAGAGUGCUUCUUCGGAUCGGAGCCUGGAGCCAUGCAAGCACGCGGCCCUGCACGAUCAACGCUGCGCCCAGACAGCGCAGGCGACGCCGAAUUCGCACCACCAACCGGACGCGGCGACGAGGAAAUCCCACGCCGCCGAGCAGGGCUCCGGCCACCAUGGGCUGACGCGAGACCACAGCAGGGCGAGCGCGUCGCCGAACCACCGCGUCUCGCUGGAGAACGAUAUCAGACAGCUGCAGCUCAACCUGCAUCAGGAGAGGUCCAUCAGGAUCAUGCUUGACAGGGCGAUUGGCCGGGCAUCCAGCACCCUGUCUCCUGGACACAUGCAUUUCCCUGCUCAGACAAAGGAACUGAUUGCAGAGAUUGAAUUGCUUGAAGAGGAAAUCGCAAACCGUGAACAGCAUGUUCUUACCCUGUACAGAAGCAUAUUUGAUCAAUCUGUCUCUGGACCAUCCUCAGGGCAGAGUUCUGGUCUUUCUUCCCCGGCACAUACCAAGAGUAUCAGCUCUAGAACAAGACGGCAUCCAAGCAUAAUAUCGAGUGCAUUUUGCUCAUCUAAGAAGCUCCCGCUCCAACCUUUCCAAAUCAUGACAUCGGUAUCAGAGGCAGGGAAAUCGAAGAGUAUGCUGAAAACCAAGAUUAAGCAUGAAUCGUUCUCAAGUGAAACAUUGGAUGUUCAUCCUGCUACCUUCCCACCGGAUCCAAGGAAGGUAAAACAUCUGCCUUAUUCAGGAAGUAGUUCUUUGACUCGCACUCUGAAAGAUCACCUCUACCAGUGUCCAAGCAAAAUAUCUGAAGAAAUGGUUAGAUGCAUGGCCUCCAUAUACUGUCUUCUGCGCACCGAGUCUCCAGAAAACUCCGAAAAGAUCCGUUCCCCGUUCUUGUCGAGGUCAUCAACAAAUGUCAUUCUUCCUCGGAGGGGAAACGGAGAGGACACCAAUUUAUCAAACACGAAAUGUACAGUGGAAGUAUCUUCAAUAUCAGCUGAUAAGAAUCACAUGCCUGAUGUCUCUUAUGCAAUUACGCACUACAGGUUGCUUGUGGAGCAGCUUGAAAGGGUUGAUCUGAGUAUGUCGGAUACCAAUAUUAAAUUGGCGUUUUGGAUCAAUGUGUAUAAUUCUCUUGUCAUGCAUGCAUAUCUAGCAUAUGGGAUUCCGAACAGCUCUCUGAAAAGAAUGGCCCUGUUUCACAAGGCUGCCUACAAUAUUGGAGGCCAUGCUGUCACCGCUAACUCCAUCGAACACGCCCUGCUAUGCUGUAGAUCCCCACGGAUUGGUCGUUGGUUCGAAUCCAUACUGUCGACGGCGAUGCGGAAGAAAUGCGCCGAUGAGAAGCAGCUCGUCCAGCUCAAAUUCGGCCUGCCGGACUGCCAGCCUCUUGCCCUGUUCGCCCUGUGCACCGGAGCUUCAUCUGAUCCCAUGCUGAAGGUGUACACGGCGAAGAACAUCGCGGAGGAGCUGGAGCGGGCGAAGCGGGAGUUCCUGCAGGCGAGCGUGGUGGUGAGGAAGUCCAAGAAGGUGUUCCUGCCGCGGCUCGUGGAGCGGUACGCCCGUGAGGCCGGCCUCGCCGGCGCCGACGAGCUCCUCACGUGGGCGCGCGACAACGCCGACGCCUCCCCCGCCACCCAGGACGCCAUCCAGCGGUGCGUCGGCGGCGGCGGCGGCGGCCGGAGGAAGGCGGCGCAGGCGGUGGAGUGGCUGCCGUACAACGCCAGGUUCCGCUACGCCUUCCCCAGGAGCAUGGUCGACAAGCCACUCUUCUGAAACCUGCCCAGCCACACGCUCUUCUCUUAGCUGCAGGAACAAAAUGCAAUGCUGAUGAUGCUGUAGAUCACUCCAGUGUUUCGCCCUGCGUUGUUAAUUUUUGUGAUCUUGAGAUGGAAAUCAUGAGGAUGAGAUGAUCCCAGCAACAAAGUGCAGCAGUGCUACAUCUGUUUCUCUUCCUCCUGUGCUGUGUACAGAAUUUUUUUUUGAACGGGGCCUGCAAGCGCUGGAUUUUAUAAUAAGAAGGGGAAGCAGUAAUUACAAGGGGAGAGGAACUCCCCGGGGAAAAUAAAAAAAAGGAAAAUAAAGAAAAGGAAGAGCUACACGACUAAGUGUUUAUCUCGCUUAAGAGAUUAGCUCCACACAUUGACCAUAGGC